CCAUUCUGAUUGGACGUAUCAUUUUUUUCACGUGUAAAAACCAUAGUUCACUCCUCUGAUUGGCUAGAACUCAUUUGUGUAUCAAAAUUUACAACACAACUUUUUGGUGAGUAUUUCUCAGUAUGUAUAUAAUAAAUAUGUAUACCAGGAGCCCAUAACCCGGAGCGUUCAACUGCCAUAAAUUCGUGCAACGGUGUUUUUACAAGUGAGUUUAUUUUUAGACAAGCUUUUCUCGCGAAAAAUAAAUGUUCCAGGAGGUCAAGUCCUCCAUUUGAUCGUCGUUUAGACUGUUAGUAGCUCGCUUGGACCUUUUCAGAGUCGACAAUUUCGAAGAUGAUUUCGAUUUAAUUCCCUUUGCGUGAAUUAUGUGUUGUCGCCGAUGAAGUAGACGUCCUGGCUAGGUUUUGCAAAUCUUGCUCUGAACUGCUAGUUUCCGUGUAAAUACUGAAAUUGUCGCUUGAAGUACCGUCAGAAGACUCCUCUGAAGAUUCCUCACGUGUGUCCGCCAUGUUUUUUUUCAAUGUGAAGGAGUUGUCCUAGUUACGUAUUAAAAGUUUAUCAUUGAUGACGCAAUUGCUAGUGAUUGGCUUUUCGAAAACAAUUCGCGGGAAAGGCUUAUCUAAAAAUAGACCUACUUGUGAAAACGCCGUUGCAUAGGCGCACUAUGGAAGUUAGACGCUCCGGGUUAUGGGCUCCUGUGUAUACUUAACUAAGCGGCAAUCUAGGUGAAAUGUAUUAGUAAAAUCCAGCUAGUGGUCUAUUAUCAAUGAAGCGUUCUGAUUUGGUGAGCUACUACUAGAGUAUAUGUUAUAGCCCAAUGGUAGCGAAAAGCGCCGGCUUUGAAAACCAAAACAAUUGCGGCUAAAUCGCGUUUUACAAGCUACAGUUGUCUUGUAUCGAAAUUUUGACCAACUAGUUGGAUUUUACUAAAAAAAAUUAUUCCUCUCGCCCUCAUGGCCUCUGAGUCAAUAGCCCAUUCGUCCUUCGGCCUCAUGGCCUAUUGACUCAGAACCCAUUCGGGCUCGAGGAAUAAUAAUAAUAAUAUGUAGCAUCCGGACACUUCCUUUGCAAAAUUUAGGUAGUAUAAAUAUAUUAUCAGUAUUUCUUAUGCGGUUUAUAAUGUUGCUUGUUGUUCUUAUUGUUGUUUGUUUGUUUUAGGAUCACUCGCAGAGCGAGUGGUGUUUUAAGAAAGCCAUUACAAUGAGGACUUACAGCUCAUACCACCCCGUUCCAGUUCCUUUCAACCUAUUAUCUAUUCCAUUUAUGGUAAUAUGGAAAUUGUGCCAAAAAUGUGUGGCCGAAAAAUAUCGAUUUACUCAAUCGGGCUGUGAUGAGAGCGGAAAGGUGAGGUGUAUAAUAUUUGUUGUUAUAUGCCUGGAAAUGUCUUCCCAACAGCGCGCUUUCAUUGAUUACUUCGAGGACACAUGACAUCUAAUAUUAAAUGAAACUGUUUCCCGCCAAAAUCUCUGAGAGGGCAACAUUGCAAAAUAUAAGACGUCAGAGGGUAAUUGUGCACUGUUACCCGCGAUUUGAUGACGGACGACCGCUGUUACAGCGAGGUUUAGUGAAUUCCCCUCUUCAAAAUGUCCCGCCUCGGGAAAAAUUGAGAUUACUAAGUAUUUGUUCCAUCUUAUUUUUGCCCUUUUUCCGAUAUACUUUUUUACUCCGUCAUUUUCUCAAUUAUUAUUUGUUCCUUUGUUGUCUUGUGUGAAAGUGAAAAAUGAAGGCUGAUAAUACCGCCUUUUUGUAAAACAGUAUCUUGAACAACAUAACGCCCAAUUUUCAGUAAUUCUGAACAUCGCCCCAAUUUAAGGUACUCGAUUUUUAUCACGACCAUACCCCUUGGGUAUAAAAGGUUCGAAAAAAUAACUACUGGCUACUUUUUUAACCACAACAGGAAGCUGCACUGGAUCUGUUGGUAAAGAGGUUAAAGCGGAUCUACUUUGCAACAUAUGGCUUUUCUUUUCCGCUGACAGGUUGGAUGUAGUUUUUCACCUUAUCAUUAGGGACCUUGAGCAUCGACAACGAACUGCACCGUGAAACGACUGGGUCGAGAACGUCGUUCACGGCGGGAAAAUUCGAGUAUUAAGCGCUCGCUUGCUGUGAACGACGAGUUUCCCAUGUAAACAAAGGAAAUGCAAAUGAUCGAAGUGUUCAAAACGUCUUUUCACGGUCUUCCCUAAACGUUUCGUAGCGCUUUGCCUGUGUUCCCCUCGAGUUGCUCCUUCUUCGUUUUCUUUGUUCUUUACCUCGGAGCUUUUUUUCGUCGGCCAGCUUCUCCUGUCAAUUAAAUCUUCGAGAGCUUGGUCUAGUUCGGUCUUCCAGGGGCAUUUUCCUCUUGGUGUAUUUUCGCUUUAUACUUGGUAAUCAGCAAGGUCAUUCUGUCUCUCAUGGAUCUUUUAUUGACUUUGAAUUUCGGAUGAUAAAGGCCACUCAGGUUUACAGCUAUCUGGUUACAUACAUCUUCCCUUUCCUUGCUUUACAAAGAAAAAUAGAACCAAAGGUUACUAAUUUUUGGAGACAAUUCACUACAGUUCUUAAAGAAAAAGGGCGGAACAGAUUAUGAUUUAGCAUCUUUUUGACCGGUAAACCUUUUUGCCCCGCGAAACUGAGCUAGAAAACACAAACAAGAAAGUUUCAAUGCGACUCUCUGGUGUUUGUUUACGAAGACCGAUAUCAAUCGAUUUUCUGGUGUUUUUAGUACAAAAAUACAAAGAACAAAUACGUUGAAAGUUGAAUACGCAAUUGAGAUGAAAUUUCUUUCAGGAAAGUUGAUUUAGGGGUAAAAAUACGAGUAAAUUUACUCACGUUCACUGCUGGACGCCAAACCACGGGUUUACACGUUGUCGAUAGUAUGCGGACGACGAGCCGAGCAUGUGCAAUAGCGUUCAACUCGCCUAAGCCACUUUCUGUAGGUUGUCGUCAAUGCUUAAGGUCCCUAGUAACUCGCCCUGUUAUUAGUUAGACCCCAUACUCGAAAUCUUUAAGCCCAUUUUCCAUGAUAUAAUUACUCCUUCUUAGCAGAAAUGUACUGACUUUAGCGAGUCGCUUUGACAGAUUCGCAUGUGGUUUUUAGGUUGUGUUGUCUUGGGUAUGGUCUUUCAAAAGAGUACUAAAGUGUGACGUCAUAAAAAUGAAAUUUCUGAAAUUAUGGGGUUUGUCAGGAUAUUCUGAAAGAACAAUGUUCAAGAGGCCUACUUGCCAAAAAUGAGCAUUUCGGGGCAAAUUGUUUCUGAGAUCGUAGUCCAGUUAUGCUUAGAAAACUCCAUACAAACCCUUCUAAAUUUUUUUGGGUCGACCCAAAAAAGACUAGAAGGGUUUGUGUGGAGUUUUCUGAGUAUAACCGGUUCGCGGUUCGCGGGGAAUGCCGAAAAACCUCAAUCUUAAGGUCUCUAAGGGCUCAAUGUACACGUUAGUAGACAUCCAAAGCUGAUCCCGUAUAACUAAAUGUCGUGAUAGGUCUACCCACUCUAUCAUAUACUGAAAUAUACCUGACGACUGAAAAAGUUCGGGCGGAGCCUCCCUGUUAUAUCAAGUGGUGUUUACUAAAGGUUUGAUGACUAACCCAAAUAGUGGCUUAGACUCCUUAGGCGUCAAUUGUUGUGUAAUUAAAGCAACUUGAAGGAGCGGAAUGGGCUCGGUCAAACCGGCUCAUGAUUAGAAGAGCGUUGCAAAGGUUCGAUAGAGCUGCUGGAAAUGACCAUGUUAAUCUUUGUCAUCCUAGACGAGAACAAAAUGGACAAACUGCUAAAAGAAACUGACGGCAACCGAAGACUGGCAAAUAGCAUCGUCCAACGAGUGUUCGCACCACAAGACAAGUGUUUCAUGAUCAAAGGCCCGACCGUAAGAUUUGUUGAAAUUAUUUUCCUUCUUUACAGGCUCUGUUUUAUUAGUUAUUUACAGUCUUCUGUUUUCAUUUAGGCGUGGGAAUCCCUUGGUAUUGAAAUUAAAGACUGUCUGUUAAGAUAUGAGGGAGCUGAUUCUUGCGCGGAAUGCAAAGAAAAAAAAAAACUGAGAAAAUUCAUGGAGCGAGGUAUUUGA